AGUUGCUUCAACGCCCGCACGACCGCGCGGCUGGCACCUGUUUGCUCGCGAGUGAGAUGCAGGGUCCAGAGCGUCGAGCGUGUGUUUGCUCCUUCCUGGUUUUGCUGGCUCGCCCGCUCCUUCCUCAUGAUUCGGUGGGUUACGGAAGCUCGUAAUAAGGCAAGCGCACGACACGAUCAUCGUGAUGAUGACUCCCAUCUUGUCUCCUUCCGCUCUCCGAUACUUCCACCCGUCCACGGUACUUGACGUCUUUAUGCUUUCCUUCCCUCUCCUUCGCUCCUUCUUCCUCACAAUCUCCCCUCACUCCUUCCUUCCCGCUCAAUGCCAUUGAAACCGCGGGCGAGUCUACUGUACAGCAUCUUUAACCCCCCCACCAACACCACCUUACGAACCAGACUCGCGGCCAGAUCGGCAGGUCCUCGACUCACCACCCGUCCAAUCACAAACAUGGCGAGAAGCACUCUGACGACUGCAUUCGUGGCUGGCGAUCACACCGCGCCCGCCGCCAAUAUCAAGAACACGCCUGCCCACCGUCACUCGCACUCCGACUAUGACACCGCCAACACCAUCGAAGAGCGAAAAUAUCUGAAGACAUACGGCUUGAUGCCUCCCGGCAUCGACACGUUUGAGAAGCAGGAGGAGCGCUGUCUUGCUCAACUCAACGCUCGCAAGACCCCGAUCGACCAAUACCAAUACCUCUCUGUUCUGAGAAACACGAACGUCAAUCUCUUCUACCGCUUGUUGGCGCACAAUGUGAAGGAGCUCACCCCUCUCAUCUACACUCCGACCGUCGGUGAAGCCUGCCAGAGAUGGUCCGAGCUCUAUAUUCAGCCGGAAGGUCUCUACCUCUCCUUCGAAGAUCGCGGUCACUUACAUCAAAUCAUCCAAAACUGGCCGCAUGAUGUUGAGAUCACGGUCGUCACAGACGGCAGCCGAAUUCUCGGCCUGGGUGAUUUGGGCAUCAAUGGGAUGGGCAUUCCCGUCGGAAAGCUCUCGCUGUACACCGCUUGCGCUGGCAUCCACCCGUUGAAGACCCUUCCCUUAUGUCUGGACCUGGGCACCAGCAAUGAGGAGUUCAGAAAUGACCCUCUGUAUUUGGGCAGCAGGCGAGACAAAGUUACUCCCAAGGAGGAGGAAGAGUUUCUGGACGAGAUGAUGGCCGCACUCACUGAGCGAUGGCCUGGUAUCGUCAUCCAAUACGAGGACUUCAAGAAUCCUUUCCCUGCCCUCGAUCGCUACCAAAGCACUUACACCAUGUUCAACGACGACAUCCAAGGCACAGGAGCAGUGAUCUUGGGCGGCUUCAUCAGUGCUGUGAAACAAUCAGGCAUUGCAGCAAAAGAGCAGCGCGCCGUCUUUCUAGGUGCUGGCUCCGCUGGAGUCGGAGUGGCAAAGCAAUUGACCGAAUUCUUCAUGAAAGAAGGACUGACGGAAGAGGAGGCUCGGAAGCGCUUCUGGCUUGUGGACUCCCAAGGUCUGGUCACGCUCGAUCGCCCGGGGAAACUCGCCGAUCACAAGGUCUAUUUCGCACGGGACGACAACAAUGGCAAGCAGAUCAAGAGCCUGGAAGACGUUGUCGACUAUGUCAAGCCCACGAUCCUGAUGGGGUUGAGCACCAUCGGAGGAGCAUUCACACCAUCCAUCCUGCAGAAGAUGGCGGCGAUGCACGAGCGACCUGUCAUCUUCCCGUUGUCCAACCCCAGCUCCAAGAGCGAAUGCACAUUCGAGGAUGCCGUCAAACACACCAAAGGCAGGUGUCUGUUUGCUUCCGGCUCGCCCUUCCCGACACUCCAAUGGAACGGCGAAGACCUCGUUCCGGGCCAAGGCAACAACAUGUAUGUCUUCCCCGGCAUCGGACUCGGCGCAAUUCUCUCCAAAGCAGUCAACGUCACACAAAACAUGAUCUACGCAAGCGGCGAGGCUCUUGCCGACAGCUUGACGAGCGAGGAACGCGAGAAGAACUGGAUGUAUCCCGAUGUGCGCCGCAUCCGCGACGUCAGCGUCGUUGUCACGCGGGGAGUCAUCCGCCAGGCACAGAAGGACGGCGUGGACCGUGAGCUCGCUCUGCGCAAUAUUGGCGAUGCGGAGCUGGAGGAGUACAUUCGCGAGAGAAUGUACGACCCGUUCACCGAGCAUGAGAAGGUGUUGAGGGAGAUUCGCGACAUCACAGGUUCCAAUGGUCACGCACACACCACUUCGGGCGCGAACGGUGUUGCACAUCAUUCGAAGCGAUUGAGGACGAACACAGACGGAUCCUCGGUGCCCGCUGAGGUGGAGGGCAAGGAGAGGUAACUGGUUCGUGUCCGCCCACCCGGCGAGGAAUGAGUAUGUAAUAUUGACGGACGAUCGGGGGAUGUUAUGAGUGAAUGCCUGUCGACAAGUUCGACUUUCUUCUUUGACGAUACGGAGCAACCGCGUCCUAUGGACCGCGUGACACCUACUUUGGCUCUUCCAGGUUUCUAUCAUCGUGGUCUCCAUGCGAUGCCUGGUUGGCGGUCUCGGCCCUCAAGCCUGGUUGAAACCUUGGCCUUCCCCACUUUUCCCCGGUGCCUAAUUGACGACGGCCCAAUGCAGGGCAUCCUCCACCCCGCCCAGAUCGCCACGCCGAUAUGAGACCUUGGUAUCUCGUGCUAUCGCAUACA